ACAGACGGUUAUUUGCAACAAGUUUUAAAUUGUAUAUCUCAAAUUGUUUCAUUGGAAUUCUGAGCUUUUAUGACUGGUUUUUCGUGUAUUUUAAGUAUACGCGCCCUAAUCCAACAAGAACAAGAAGUGUAUUAUAAGUUUGAUCGGACAGUUUUCCACGUAGGCAUUUCCAAAAUGCUUAGGUGAAUAAACAAAUAUGCCAGAACUCCACCUCGAGCCAACAUACGAGAAGCAGCUGGCCGCGGAGGUCAGCAACCUGGUAUGGUCGCCGAAAAUGGACCUGGUGGCGUUCUCGCUGGCCACAGGUGGUGUGGCGCUCUACCGCAUGACGCUGUACCGCGUGUGGUCCACCGAGCCGCCCGAGGAGGGGGUGUCCGUGUCGGCACUCUGCUGGCGGCCCGAUGGCAGGCUGCUGGCGGUCGGAUAUACCUCAGGUCUCCUGUCGUUUUUGGACCUGGAAAGUGGGGAGGUCGUCCAUUCUGAGACAUUUUCGUCCGCUGUUACAUCGUUGUGCUGGGCCGCCAUGGAAGAACAACCUGCCGCCGAUGAGACGGCAGAUGCAGACGUAGAUGCGUUGGACGAGGACGACUUUCUACCACCACUAUCUUCUCUCAGCAACAAGUACGGAUCCGUGAACAAACACAGCGAGGAAGACCCGCAGGAUGUGCAGGGCAUCGCCGACCUCAAGACCCUCACCGUUUUGGCCGUUGGCACGCGGCACGGCCAGGUAUCGCUGCUACUUCACGGUCUGCUGGUGUUCUGUCGACACGACUGCGGAGCCGGCCUCGAGCCGCGGGUAAUGACUUUCUCCAAUGAUCUAUCCCGUCUUCUUGUGCUGUGUGGAGAGCAGACCGAGACAACGAAAGAAGACACCACUGCCCAAACAUCGACAGACGUUGGCUCUGCACGCCUUAUGGAGCUGGACCUGUCAGUGAUGAGCGGGUGCUCUGAGCAGCUCCGCCAACUGGCCACCCUCUACGGCCGCAUCAGCAGCCACCUGGUGUACUUGGAUCGCACCAUUCAGGCCAUAUGCGAGGCCUGGGAGACGGUCCUCCUCGAGAUGGACUCCAAGAUGGAACGGUUUCAGGCCUCCCUUGGAGAGGACACCUCACUCUCUGUGGAGUUUCUGGAGUUGCUAAUGUUUGGCGUUCCCUCGCCGGAGAUGGAGCGUUUUCUGCUGACCGAUCUGACCGACACGGGUCUGAAGAAGCUGCGCCACUCGAUUGAGCUGAGUUACACGAACAUCCAGAGUCUGGUGCUGCGCCACCUGCAGCCGGCCGCCUUCCGCAUCGCCGACUACCUGCUGCAGGUCGCUGGGAUGGUGCGCCACAAGGAACGGUUCGGCCACCUGGGUCUCAGCGAGGAGCGUGUCGUGCUGGCCCAGCAGGCCGUCACACUAUUCCUCGUCAAGGCCACUGACAUUCAACAAGUCAUCGACAGCUCAACCAGGAAUUUUGUGGCCUUCUUCCGCUGGCUGUAUGCGGUUAUUCUGCGCCUAGCGGAGACCAGCCUACCACCGGAUGUGGGGAAGAUAUCUCAGCAAGAGCUUUCCUUCAUCGCGGAGUUCGUCGACACUAACCUGGGUGACAGUGCGACAGCGCGUGGUGUGCACCUGGAGCGGGUGGGCAUGUACCUCCGGAACGCUGACCUGGAGGCGCCGCCGACUCUGGGUGGCAGCCAGUGGCGCAGACUUCUGUCGGAGAGCGCCUCGCUGGCCGCGGCGCCGGGCAUCGUGCCGCCUACCAACGGCUCCCGAUCGCUGAUCCAGGAGCAUGACGCGCUGCGCCGAGCAGUGGCGCACCUGUUCGCGGACAAUGCGGACGCCGGCGCGCGCACAGUGCGGGUGGUACCGGCGUCAUCGCUCAGCGGGCAGGUCGGUCCGCUGGUCGCCGUCUCAGCGCUGCCUGAGGGCUCGCCGGGACGGUUCCUGGUGGUAUUGGCCGACGAGCAGCCGGCACGACUGCACGUGGCGGCGCUGGGUAGUGGUACUGCCGUCCAGGUGGACCUGCACACGCUGCUGACCGAGCUGGGUCUGUCGCCGCCCGCCGGCGCAGCGCCGCGCCUCUGUCAGCUCUGCUUCUUCUCUAGCUCCGUGCUGUCUGCGCUGGUGACGGACGUCGGGGCGCCUGUGUACCUGCAGCUGGACGUGGCGGCGAUAGCGGCCGGCUCGCCGGCGGUGAGCUGUUCGGCGGGCCGCGCCCUGGACAACAUGGCGCCGGUGGCGAUGGCGGUGAGCGGCGCUCGCAGCCUGGUGGCCGUGCUGUUCCAGGGCGGCCGGCGCGCGCGCGUUUACGACACUGCCGACGGCGAGCCUGAGGAUAGUGUGCUGGAGAUCACGCUCGGGUCGGCCGACCACACCAUGGACGACAACAAGGAAAAUCUGCUCUAAUGAUUCCAACCUCGGCAUUUCACUCCUUACUGCAGAUUUUCUUUGCUGUCUGCUUAAAGCACCAAUAAACAAGCAAGCAGAAGUGAGUGAAGUGAGCUGUAUUUGGGAUCAGCGCAAUGUCUGGUCGUGAAAACUGCAAUAUGUGUCAUGCCUUGUCAGGCGCUGGAGAAACUGAUGGUAUUUGCGUUGGAAAUGCGAAAAGUUCAGAGUGCUGUGCCUUAGCUGGCCAGCAAUGAUAAUGGUUUCUCUAUCACACUCAUGCUGCUCAUAGUGUUUCAUCAUAUUCAUCCAACAUCGCCCAUCGUCAUGCUGCCACGUUCCCCUGAUUUUGUCGUUAUAUGUAACUAGUAGUGCAUCUUGACAUUUUUAUUGUAUGUGUGAUCUGUGUACUGUGCUUUGUAGCCAAAUAAAUGUCAAAAAUAUUG